AUCCCUCCCUGCAGGAUGGGGACUGUGACUCUGGCAUUGUCCCUGCUGGCUGUGGCUUUCCUGUGCCCAGCCACUGCCACCCUGCGUGUCGGCGCCUUCAACAUCCAGGCCUUCGGUGACACCAAGAUGUCCAACAAGGAGGUGGCAGAGAUUAUCAUCAACAUCCUGCUCCGCUACGACGUGGUGCUGGUGCAGGAGGUGCGCGACUCUGACCUCAGCGCCGUCACCGAGCUCAUGGAGCAGCUCAACAGUGUGUCCAAGUCCCCAUAUGACUAUGAGAUCAGUGGCCCCCUGGGACGGGAGAACUACAAGGAGAUGUAUCUCUUCAUCUACAGGACAGACGUCGUGUCUGUGGUGGACACCUACCAGUACAAGGACCCCCAGGACGUCUUCAGCCGGGAGCCGUUCAUCCUGAGGGUCUCAGCGCCCCACACCAAGGUAGGGGAGUUCGUGCUGGUGCCCCUGCACUCAGCCCCACACGAUGCCGUCACUGAGAUCGACGCGCUCUACGACGUCUACCUGGACAUCAUCAACAAGUGGGGGACUGACAACAUCAUGUUCCUGGGUGACUUCAACGCUGACUGUGCCUACGUCCAGCCCAGCGACUGGCCGUCCAUCCGCCUGCGCACCAGUGACAUUUUCAAGUGGCUGAUCCCAGACAGCACCGACACCACCGUGGGCAAGUCAGACUGUGCCUACGACAGGAUCGUGGUGUGCGGGGCCAAGCUGAAGAGAAGCAUCGUGUCCAAUUCGGCUGCUAUCUACAAUUUCCAGCGUGCUUUCCAGCUGGACCAGGAGGAGGCCCUGGCAGUCAGCGACCACUACCCGGUCGAGGUGAAGCUCAUGGCGUGA